AUGCGCAACCUUGCGAGUAGCGUCACGGAGAAUCCUGUUAAUGAGCACACGCUCAUCAACGUGUUCAUCUACGGUCUUGUAGAUGGUUCGGUGAAGACCUACAUGUUCCAAGAGGACUUCCAUACGCUGGAAAAUGCGAUAGUGUAUGCGGAACAAGAAGACUUCAGCCUGAGACAGUUUCAGGCUAACUCGUCAAACUAUCGUCCGACGAGCGACAGGAAACAGGAGGUCUCGAGCCCAUGGACCUCUAUUACAUCGGGAGCGAGAACCCUCGCUCUCUGA